AUGGCCCUUCAUCACUAUCACGAAGAGACUGAUGGGGCUGGUUAUGCCCCAAGCAUUCGCUACAUGUGCCAGAGCGAGUCUGACUAUGCCGAAUACCAAGACCUUACAGACCGAAUUGACCCUCUCCUCCGAUACCAUACACCUUGUUCUGGUAGUCUUGAUGGUACCAGCGGCAUGCAGAGAUAUCUCCAAGAGCCACCGAUUAGUUUCUUUGCUACGCCGCACCAACCCGCCGUGCAGAACGCUUACUACAAUGGCGUUUAUCCCUAUACGAGCUCUUCUCUUCACCAGAACUCGCAUCUCCGACAUGGUUCACCAGUAUCCUACCAACAUUCGUCAGCAGCCAGCGGUCCCCAAAGUCCCCCGUUGACGGAUAAUGAUGGAUAUGUCGACAGCACUCGAGGCCCAUCUACCCCAUCCGAUACCGCUAUUUUGUCCCCUCAUAUCUCGUCCCUCGGCUCGCCGUCACCCAGCGUUUCACCGUAUGGGGUCUCGGGUGUAUCGCAAGGAUAUGUAAAUCCGGCAGUGAUCCAGUCAACUCAGCCCCUACACAGCGGCCAUGUGGAAGAGGAAGUGCCUGAAUUCACUCUCGGCUUGGAGAUGGAAUACUUUGGUGCCACUGCAUCUACUUCAAUCUGUCCUGCUAGCUGUUCGAGCAAUUCAUUUUCUGCAGCUUCACCGGACUUCCCUGUGGAGUUUGAAGGCCAUGUCGGCGUUUCCUACCCUGAGAUGGAAGCCAUGGAUGCAAGUAUCAAAGUUGAAGAUGAAACCAGUGCCGACGCUUCGUCUACUAUGGCUGACGACGACGACGAAUACAAGCCCAACCGAAGGGCCAGAGCAUCCCGAACCUCCAGAGUUAAAACUCGCCGUGGCCGCACAACACGGUUUAGCCCUGACAGAUUUGCCGGCACAAGUGUCACCAAGCCUCAGCGCUCUCCUCGUGCUUCAGCAAAUCGAAACCUACUCUCAGCCUCGUCUGGUAGAAGUGUAAGGUGCAUACACUGCAGCAUGACCUUUUCCGAUGCGGUAGUACUCCAGAAGCACAUCACCGCCAUGCACAAUCGUCCUUUUAUUUGUGUCUUCCACUUUGCGGGAUGUUCUCAGGUAUUUGCAAACAAGAACGAAUGGAAACGACAUGUCUCGGCGCAACACCUCAAUCUCAAUUACUGGCUCUGCACUUCUGGCAGCUGUGGGAAUUCACCAAGCAUCUCCAAGGGAGCCUCUAACAACCCUACACACUGCAGAGUCUUCAGAAGAAAGGAUCUCUACACUCAGCAUAUUCGCCGCAUGCACGCACCCGCAGAAGUUGCCCAAGCAGAUAAGAAGGACAAGGCCUUUCCUCUCGAUUGGAUACUCAAAGAGAAGGAGUUGCAGGAUAAAGCAAUGAAACAACGGUGUACGUUGCCGACAUUUAUGCGCUGUCCAGCCGAAGGUUGUAUGACGGUCUUCGAUAACGGUCCCAGGACUUGGGAUAACCGUAUGGAGCACGUUGCGAUUCACCUUGAGCGUGCCGCCAACAAUGAAGAACCGCCGGUCGUAUUUGGCGGUGACAACGACGAAGCCCUUACACAAUGGGCGUCACAGCCUGACGUCCGAGUCAUCAAAGUCACUGACGCAGGUUGGGAGACAUGCCAACCGCUCAAAGCAGCUAGAAUCGAGAUUUCAAAUCUUUUGGGCCCCAGUGAAGGCCUUGAUGAGGAUGCAGAAGGCGAGGAAUGCUGA